AUGCAUUGGAAAGGCCUGCGACUCGUCGCCGAUGGCAGCUCCAAACGUCAAAGCACCAUUGAACCACAAACGCAGGCCCGACGCAGCGAGCACCUCCCUCGUCCCUCCCCGCCUGAGACCGAACCCCGUUACUCCGAAGCUUUGCCUCGAUCGCCCGGCCUUGAUAUGCCAGUCGAAGUUCGUGAUACCACGCGGGGAGAUGACGCUCCUGCAGACACGGGUCCGGACCAUAAGGUAGCUCGGACGGACUUUGCUGGGCAUUCGUCGUCUGGCUUGUCAGCAGGCACGCCGAGUCUUCGCAGGAAUCGCUUCAGCUUUAUGAGACUACGCCAUGCUUCAGAUCCUCAGCUUUCUAAAAGCUAUGCCAAGGCUGCCCGGGAUACUCCCCCAGUGCCUUCUCUUCCUCCUCCCACAAUCAUCACCACCGCCCCUACAAGCAACGAGCUCGAGCAGCCUGUGAAACAUCAAAGCAAGCUCAACCUUCUACCUCUACGAAAACGCUCCAUGGAAGAAUUGACCCGAAGUUCAGCGGACAAUCCGAGAACGAAGCCCGCGCGGAAAACCCAGGGAUCUACGGACUCACAAAUCGGCGAAUCUACUCUGUCCACCUUUCAAACCGCCCCGGAAGAGCCAGGGCGGCUCUCUACAACGUCACGGCACAGUGGCAGCCGAGAUCAGCUACAUGAUUCGCAUCGCUCAUCUGUCAUCGAUCCUCGGUUCUCUGAGUCCUCUCGGUCGGAUCAAAGCUAUGGUGACCAGACAUUUCGAACAAACUCCCCUCGCGAGGGCCAAGCGUCUACAUCAAACAACAAGCGCUUCCGCAUGCCACGUUUGAAGCGAAACCGAAGCCCCCUUUUCCCUCUACCGCCCAAGCCCACUCCCGCGAGUCGUGCACUAGACAAUGCGCCCAAGUUCCCACCGGCUGAAACCCCCAAGUCUCAAGGCUCCGAUGAUGCCGACCAAGUCUCACCUCUACCCUCGCCGUCUCGUUCCUCAGUGGGGCUGGCCCCUACAGCUGCACCGCCUUUGUUUCGUAAUGAUUCCACAGCCUCGGCCCACUCUGUGCGUUCCAAUCCAUCCCACAAAGGUGGGCGAGGCAGAUCGUCUACGAUGGGAUCUCUGGCCGAAAAUCAGGAAGAUCUGUCUCCAGUACCUUACAUGGGCUCAUCCUCACGUACCUCUACAUCUACCACUGGUCGGAAGAGCUUCGGUGACAUCUUCAACAUUUCACAACGGUUGAGGCAGAACUCAGAACCACCUCCUCGUCAUGGUUCUCCAGCCAUCGGUGGGGCGGCAACACCCGUCAAAUCUGACCUACCAAUCCCCCCGCGCGAAGAAGACGACACAGCAGCAAGCUAUUUGACGAAGCUCGAGGAGAACCUUCCUCGAGGCGUGAUUGGCGGCAUUCUAGCCCAGUCUGAUGACGAAUUCUACAAGGUUGGCCUGCGAAAGUACAUGCGAUCAUUCUCAUACUUUGGUGAUCCCAUCGACAUGGCAAUUCGCAAGCUUUUGAUGGAAGUGGAAUUACCGAAGGAGACCCAGCAGAUUGACAGAUUUUUGCAAUCGUUUGCUGACCGGUACCACGAGUGCAAUCCAGGCAUCUUUGCCUCCUCCGACCAGGCAUACUUUAUUGCAUUCUCGAUCCUGAUCUUACAUACGGAUGUAUUUAACAAGAAUAACAAGCGAAAGAUGCAGAAGCCUGAUUAUGUCAAAAAUACUCGUGGCGAGGGUAUCGCCGAAGAGAUCCUGGAGUGCUUCUACGAGAACAUCUCAUACACCCCUUUCAUCCACGUCGAAGACGCCAACCUUCGUGAUCGCCACCUGCCCAAACCUCGCCGCCCCCUCUUGAGCAGCCCUAGCUCGGAGCAUUUGUCACGUAUGGCGAGGGAGCCUGUUGACCCUUACACUCUCAUCAUGGAAAACAAAGUCGACUCAUUGAGACCAAGUCUCAAAGAUGUUAUGGAUCUUGAUGAUACAUACAAUCACUUUGGCACAUUAGGGCCUCCUGAUAUGGAAGAUCUUCAUCAAGCCUUUACCAAGUCUGGCAUUUUACAGAUUGUGUCUUUGCGUUCCCGACCCGAUGCAUUCAUGCAGACAAGUUUAGACAAUCCGGCCGAAUCACAUCCCGGCCUUGUGGACAUCAAGGUAGCAAAGGUCGGCUUGCUCUGGCGAAAAGAUCCCAAGAAGAAGAGAGCCAGGUCGCCAUGGGGGGAAUGGGGAGCGAUUCUCACUUUCUCCCAGCUCUACUUCUUUCGAAACGUCACAUGGGUGCGGUCUUUGAUGGCGCAACAUGAUGCUUACGUGAAGAAUGGACGACAAGGUACAUUGGUCUUCAGACCGCCUCUUGCCGACUUCAAGCCGGAUGCCAUCAUGUCGACCAAUGAUGCCGUCGCCUUGCUAGAUAGCAGCUAUAAGAAACACAAGCACGCGUUCUCGUUUGUUCGGCACAGUGCAUUGGAAGAGGUCUUCCUGGCCUCAUCAGAGCCUGAGAUGAAUGAUUGGAUUGCUAAGCUCAACUAUGCUGCAGCCUUCAGAACUACCAGCGUCCGCACCAAGGGCAUGAUUGCUACAAACUAUGAAGGCCAACGCUACCGCAGAAGCCAGCGAGUGGGAUCUCAAUCCUCACUUAGAUCGCUCGAAGAGGCUGAUAAGGAGCCUAAGUCUCCAUCUAUUGACACUGACAUUGUGGCCGGGUUUGUGGCCGCGCGCCGGGAAUUGAUGACGCAAAAAAUUCGUGAGCAAAACGAGAAGUUGUUUGUCACCUACAAACAGCUGGACGAUCUUCUUCGAAAUGCGCGUCACCUGCAGAUCCUAGCUCCGGUUCAUCCUCGGGCUCGCGAGGGAGUGAUUAUGGCCGCUGGGCGCAUGGCAGCUAAGCUCAAAUGGGUCCGACAGGAUAUCUGGCGCAACAAGUGCUACCGCGAGGUUCUUUUGCGGGAUCUUGGGGAAGUUGGGAGUCUCGAUGAGAGAACUGGGUCAAUUACCGAUGACACAAUUCCUUUCUCGGGCCCAGCUCGACUGGCUUCUCUUUCAGGACCUUCGGUCAGGUCCGAUCCUAGUGUGCAUCGUGCGCCUAGUAUUGUUCGCACGGCUUCAAGCCAUGACACCAAUGAGCCCACCUCGGCAUCUGCUGAACUCUCUGUCGAGCCUGGCCUGCUCAAACAGCCCUCGAAUGAUGAGAUGCGCCGCCCAAGUAUCCCAGGCUCAACGACUUCUUCCGACUUUGGCCGCGUUGGGCGGCCACUUUCUAUCGCUAUUCUUUCUGAACAGGGCAGGUCCGAGACGCCGGCUGGUCAGUUGGAACGUGACGCCUCAGUACUUAGUCGCAAUAGCAGGUUCGAUGGUGCGAGUCUAGGCUCUCGAGCAUCGAAACUCACCUCCCCUGUCAGCUAUGAUGAGGGCGAGGAACGGUUUCUCAGAGAGACGGGUCUUCUGGAACUCAGCGGCUCACCCCCGCCGAAGAAACAGCCUACACCUUUGCCUGAAGGGGGAACCGAGAACGUCGCCGACGAAACCUCGGAGGUCUCUCAGAGUGAUCAUAAGCCGAGUCGAGUACGUCGCAGCCUGCAUCGUACCCUUCGUGAACCACACGUGCAUCGGCACCAUUCGCGUGCCAGUAAGAAGAACAGAGAAUCGAUAUCCAGCAUUGGCGCUCUUGAGGACAAUGAGAAUAUCACCGAGGGUGAGGUCUUGGCUCGCAAAACACCCAGUUUCACCGUUCAUGGCAAGAAGGCUUCUAUCGUGACUUUCGGUUCCGAGUGGCAGAACAUGCCUCCAGAGGAACGGCUCAAACUUCGAAAGCCGACUCCUAAUGAAGAGCCUCGGGCCUCUGAACCUUCCCUACUUGGUGAUGCCAACCAAAUGGCUUCGGAUAACUACACUGGCGGUCGGCCUCACUCCAUCCGCAGCGUAAGCACAACCACCGGUAUCAGCCUUCUCAGCGGAGAUGAGCCUUUGGAGUUCUUCAGAGACGCACAAGAAGACCUCGACGACUUUUCAGACGUCCAGUCCCCAAAAACAACUGCCAUAGGCCCGGACUCAGUCCCAGAGCAACAUCUUCCGGAGAAGGAGAACAUGCCCCGCUCAACAUCCGGCUCUGGCUCCGUGAUCUACCACAGCCACCUAACAACAUCCACCGACGGCCAAACAACCCCAUCACCAUCUUCCACCUCCCUCAACGAACAACGAGCCGUCGAUACCCCCUCCUCCGAGAACCUGCGCCAACAAGCCGUUGGCGCCUGA